AUGAGUAGCAAUCAGUUAGAAACUCGUUCAGUCUCUCCUGACAUUGAACAGCAACGGCCGCGCAACGCUUCACCGGCACAUCCGGACGAUCCGCUCAGCGGCCCGCAACAUCUCGAGUUCAACGAGGACGACGACCCUCCGACCCCGCGCUUUAUGCAGGACCAAGGCGCUUGGAAGAAUUGGAAAUGGGUUCCCUAUCCCGUCCGAAAGUAUGGGAAAGCCGCCUUUAAAUGGAUGAGGGGUCCGCAGAACCCCAAGGUCUGGAGGAUUGAACCAUUCUUUCCUACCGUCCAGGAGGCACCACUUCGUCUGCUCGACAAAUUCCUUCCCAAUAAGAAACACCAAAUAUUAUUAUAUAUGGGCUAUGUUGCUGUAUGGAUUGUUAUAUUUGCUAUUGUUAUGUGGCGGGGCCAGGUUGCCUCGGAAGUUGCGAAUUAUGGCACCCCUAUGGACAUAGGAUGUGGUGUCGCAUACUGGAGUCGGAACAACGACUGCGGUCUUGAUGGUGUCAACUGCAGACCAUUCAACGGUAGUGGCUUUGCCUUUCGCUGUCCCUCCAACUGCGCCAGCUACCGAGUCCUCAAUCCUCGAGCAGUAGGAAGCCGAGAAGUAGUUUACGCCCCGUUGGUCGUCGGUGGACCACCCGAUCCCGCCAACGAAGAGGACCCUGUCUACCGGGGCGAUUCUUUUAUUUGCGGAUCUGCCAUUCACGCCGGUCUCUUUUCCGAUUCCCAGGGUGGCUGUGGUGUCGUCAACCUAGUAGGACGGCAGCAGAACUACAUUAGCACGAAUAGACACGGCAUCGAUAGCGUUGCCUUCGAUUCGUACUUCCCGCUGUCCAUUACCUUUGAACCGGGGAUCGAAUGCAAGGCUAGAGACGUAAGGUGGUCGCUACUAGCGGUUUCCGCAGUCUUCACCUCCGUGUUAUCGUUGUUUACUGCUUCGUCGUCAGUGUUUUUCUUUACUGUCUUUGUUGGUAUAUUUUGGCAAGUAGGUAUGGCUUCCGACCCGCCGUCCUACACAUCGAUCCCAGGAUUGUUUUCCAACAUCCUGGGCAAGUUUCUUCCCGCCAUGUUUUGUGCGUGGGUAUUUUAUGACAAAAUGGGUGUGCGACGAACUUUACAAGGAUUAACGGCCCAGUUUGAGAAGACUAUUCUGUGGUUAGGUGGCUGCUGGGUUGGCGCACUUACAAAUUACACUUUCGACUUCAUACCUAUCCAACGCCUGACAGGGCACGACCUCGAGCAGCAACCUGGUGCCAAGGCAGCUCUCGCUAUCAUCGUCAUCGUACUAUUUUUCAUCGCUGUUGGCCAAGUCUGGUGCUUCCGACAAGAAGGGAGAUUGAUACGGAUUCUCAAACUGUACGCAUUGUUCAUCCUGGGGAUUAUCAUCUGUCUCGUGCUACCUAGCCUCAGCUUGCGUAUUCAUCACUACAUCUUAGCAUUGCUCUUGGUACCAGGUACCAGCAUACAGACAAGGCCAUCUCUUCUUUACCAGGGUAUUCUGAUAGGGUUAUUCAUCAACGGUAUAGCUCGCUGGGGAUUUGACUCUAUCUUACAGACCUCGGUAGCUUUGCAAGGUGAUGCUCAGCUGGGGUCUCCUCUUCCCGCUCCCCUCGCACCCAUCAUUAACACUACCGUUUCAACAAUCACAUUUCAGUGGCAACCUCCGCCGGGAUUGCGAUACGAUGGUAUUAGUGUGCUGGUCAACGAUGUUGAAAGAUAUCGUGGUUUCUUCGCCGAUGAAGGCUCAGACCAGUUCGUAUGGUCUCGCGACAACGGGUCGGAUUAUAACGAGUACUUCCGAUUUGGUUUUAUGUCGGGUACAACGAGUGGAGAUUAUACCAAGGCCGGUAUCUGGACAAAUGACCUUGAUUGGGUUGAUCCUCAACCAGGGCCUUCAAGAAUAAAAGCCCGAGGUUUGGAUGGGUCCGAAACAGAACAAGUACCUCGUGCCGUAUGGAAAUGA